AUGCAGAACAAACAUGUCACCCAUUUAAUAGAGACUAGCCGAGUUGAAGUUUUGAAAGACGUAAAAUGGCGAUUGAUGGUAUUGGUAUCCCUCUUUACAGUGCUUUUACGCUCUGAAGAUGAUAAAAAAAGACUUAGUAAACAAUAUUAUAGCAAAAUUGUAUUUUAA